GAACCCAAGGCGGCGGCGGCGGCGGCGGCGGCGCGGAGGUCGAUCCGCCGGCUCUCUGUCCCCUCCCCUCGGCGUCCCCUGGCGACGCGCGCGGCCACACCUGCAUUAAACGGGGGAAGUCCGUCCGGUGGAGAGGCAGAAGAGAGGGACUGAAGGAGGGCUGACCGAGGCAGCACGGAGCACCUUCAGCUGCUCCUAUCGCGUUUUACUCUGAGUGGAAAAACGCUGAUCCGGAAAAGGUGAAGGCACGAAGGCAAAGGCAGGCAGCGAUCGGGGUACUGAGACUUUGUCACCGUGGACACACAGGAUGAGAAUGAGGAUUAAUAUCGAAGUAGACCGGAGCGAUUCGGAACAGGAGAGACAGAGUAUGAUCAGCUGAGCGCACAGGUUUUCCCUUGUGAUCCCUGACAGAGCGAGGACAGUGACACUGACUCAGCCUUUGUCUCCUCAAUGUUUCCGGACAGAGUUAGGCGCCCUGGGUGCUGCUGCUGUCCAUUGUGACUGCAGAGGAGAAAAAAAAAAAAAGAUCCAGCUUGUCUGCAUAAAGACCUAUUCAGCAUCCUUUCUCUUUGCAAGCAAUACCGUAUACCCCGAGAACAGCAGUGAAGUCUCAGCACUAUCUUUAGCACCAAGCUUCAUUCUCAGCCCCCUCUCCCCUAUCCCACUCCCUCAAGUCCUUUUCCCAAACCCAGCUUCGGCUUCAGCCUAAGCCCUCUGCCCCAUUCGGAGUCCCAGAUGACAGCUCGGAAACAUCCGUUACCCUCCCACUCUACACGAGCCUUCUUUCCUCUCCCUCCAGCCCCCGCGGCGCUUGGCACUGAUGCCCAUCACAUAGACAGAUGGAGCCGACCCUGACCCCUCUCCUCGCCCGUGGGGACGCCAACAGAAUCAACGCCUGACUAGAGGAGAGGGGGUGAGUGAGAGUGUGUGUGUGUGUGUGUGUGUUGGGACAGGAAGGAGAGUAUUGCUUUGUCACCACAGCAACACAUCGCCCUGUCUCCUGUGGACUCUCCUUCAGGCCAACCCAAGGCUCUCAGCUGAAAACGCAACACAGCAGGAAAUUCGGCAGCAGGACCAGAAGGAACACAAUUCUCCUCCCUAAAUUUGUUGCUGACACAUUUUUGCUUAGAUUACUUCUUUUUCUGUGUGGUGAGAAGGCAGGACCAUUGUCAAAACUCUAAAUAUAGGAAAGAACAUUUGAGAGGAACUGGAAAGCACCAGGUGACGGCUCAAUCCGCAGUUUUCUUAAAGCUUUCCCAAACACACAAAAAAGGUUUCUUUCUGAGCUCAAGACUCGCAAUCCUCUGAAAAAAAUAUUGUUAGUUUUACUUGCAAAGGUCUUUUUUUAUUGGGCUUCCCGAGCCUCGACAACAAAAUUCCAGUCCGAUCUUCUCUGGAUGUGCAUGCCUUUUCCAAGAUGCAAGGCCUUGGCUGACAUCUACUUUGUUUUCAAGGAAUUUGCAGCUUCAUUCUCCUGACUAUUUCCACCUGCAAUUUUUUUUACAAGAAACAACAUUUUUGGCUGCUACACUUCCACUGGAUGUUGUUGAUGUCUUUCAACCCACUGAGCUGACCUGCAUUCUGAUUAGCCUUUAAUGCCACACAACCAAUUUGAAAGGGACCGGGAAAUCAACAAUAAAAUGAGACACUAAUGGCCCGGUGAAAUGAAUUCAGCCGGCUGACAUAACAGAGGGGGGAAUUCCAGAGUCCCAAAGCUUCCCAGGUGAGUGCAGCCAGCCUUCAAAACCAGGCCGGAGUUCAAAGGAGGUGCGGGUUGUUUGAUUUGAAUGUUAACUCUGGGAGGAGGAUUUGCAUCCGCAAAUGUGUAAUCAUUUACACAGGACCAGGAUACCCGCCUGAACAUUGUGGACAGAUAAAACUACAAUAUACUGAGCUCAAUCAAUUGUUAAAGUAAAUUCCCAGUUUAAAUGAAUAUCCAUAUUCAAGCCAAGAACUCCAAUUUGAGCAUUUGAGGGCAUUUUACCCAGCAGAACUUUUUGAACUUUGUUCUGAUCUCGACACAACUGUGGUAACUGUUGGUGAAAGAAACAAGGGUUGAAGCGAUUAUCAGUUGGAUUCUACCUUCUGUGGUGGUGGCGUCCUUAUUCAGCAGGGUGGGAGCGGCAUCAGGAUGCCUGAACUGGACAGCUUUUCCCCCCUGAGGGAUCCCAGUGGCUCUGAGCUGGGCCUAAACGGUCCUGCAGACCCACUUCGGAUUCAGCACAGCAUCCUGGAGGAGCAGGUGGAGCUGUGGUGGUUCAGAGAUCCCGGGAAGUCUCUGCUAUGCUACUGUGUGGCCGUACUUCUGAUCCUGGGCUGCGGGCUGGGCGGAGUCGGCCUUCUCUCCACCACCACCAGCGUCUCAAGUGAAUGGCGGCUGGGGGCAGGCACGGCCCUCUGUCUGCUUGCUCUUGGAGUCCUGCUCAAACAACUGCUGAGCUCGGCCGUGCAGGACAUGAAUUGCAUACGAAGCAGGCAGCGGAUCGACAUGCUAAAGAGCGGCGGUUUAUCGGACCUCCUUGUGGUUUCUAUUACUGGGCUGUCAUUGUUGAUCUGUGGUGGGGUUCUACUACAUCUGGCCCUGGCUAACCAUAUGCCGAAACCUGGCCAAGCACUUAAUGACAUGUACAUCUCUGGAGUGGUUUUGCUAGCAGGAGGAGGAGCUGCCGUUGUAGGUGUUGGAAUAUACUCCAUCGUGGUUAUUCUUCUUGAAAGGACAAGGCAUGGGCGAAGGUUGGUGGACCGGGUUUUGAAUGUCUUCACCGUUUCUGGACACAUGGAGCGUCAAGCUCGCAGAGAGACUACCUCCAGUCUGGCUAAUCUCAUAUGAGAUGUGAAAAAAAGUGUAACUCUUCUCCUUGUAUUCACGACAGAACAUUAUCCUCGUCUAAAUUACAGCGGGCAUCCAAAACAUGACAAGAAAUCUGAUUAAAACAAGAUUCAUCACUUUAAUGCUUCGGCCAAUGAAAGUAUGUUUUAAGGCAAAAUGGGUUGAAUUUUAAAACAUCUGCUUUCUGAAGAUAUGAGUAAUAAGAAAUCAAGUCACAGUCCUGAAGCAAAGAUAAAAACUGAACACUGAAAAAGAGUAACCACACAGCUAUGCUCACAAUGCAGCUCAAAUUGUUCCAAUUCAGAUUGUUUCCUUGACACAUGAAAAGAUGUAACAUUUUUGAAAGUGUCAUUUAAGAGCUUAAAUCAGCGUUUUAUUUUCUGUUCUGUAACAUUUACUCCACUCACAAGGGACAAAUGCCAACAUUUUGGUGCCUGGGGUACUUUGGCAGGGGCAGUGUGCACUGGGCGCCAGCUAAAAGAAUGAAAGUAGUAAAAAAAAAAAAAAAAAAAA